GAAGUAUAUGUUUUGCUUUUAACGUUUGCAUGGUUGUUUUUGUGUUUACUAGCUUUAUAACUUAAGUUAUUAUUACUUUUCUGGUUUGAAAGAUUAAUGGUGUUUAGUAACUAGAUAAAAUGGUACUACAAAACUCAGGAAAAUUUAAACCAGAUAGGUGGAAAUCAAAAGAUCGUAGCAGUGGUGAUGGAGGAUCAAACUUCAGUCGAGAUGACAACUCGGAGAAAAGGGUACAACAUUCACUAUUUCACAAUGAAAUAGAUUCUAAGUUUGGAUUUAAUCGUCACCAGGAGCCCAUUGAGCGAAUUGGAUGGCUUGUUAAUAUUCACCCUACAGAGCUGCUGGAUGAAGACAAAAGACUUAUAAGUGCAGUGGACUACUAUUUCGUGGAAGAAGACGGAAACCGAUUUAAAGUGUCAUUUCCUUUUAAACCAUAUUUUUAUUUAGCCACCCAGAAAGACUGUGAACAAGAAGUUGCAUCUUUUCUCACACGCAAGUUUGCUGGUAGUAUUAGCCAAGUGGAGCAAGUUCAAAAAGAGGAUCUGGAUUUGCCAAACCAUUUGGUGGGCCUCAAGGCUAACUAUCUGAAGCUGACUUUUCUUACUGUUACGGAUUUGACAAAAGUUCGCAAAGAAAUUUUCCCAGCUGUAAAGAAAAAUCGCGAGAGAGAAAGAACAUCUUCAGCAUAUGUACAGAUGUUAUCAAGUUCUUUGUCAGGAGGUGUGCAUAGUGAACAUUCUAAGAAGCUGACAGAUCAGAUGGAAAAUAUUAUUGAUAUAAGGUAAGGAAGUAUAAUCUGAUCUUA